AUGUACGAGAGGCCUGGUAAAUUGCCAGAAUCAUCUAGCUUUGGCAGCAACCCCACGAACGAAAACGAGCCCUCCGCCAUGAGCACCCCGAAGUCUCCGAACCAAUUCGCCCUCAGGACGAAGUCACUACGGGAGCGUUUCGGCUCCAAGCGGAGUUAUUCGGAAAAUUUCGUGGAGCCCACCGUGCCACCAACGUCGCCAGGUAGAGAGAGCUGCCGCAGCGUUCGACCCUCUCUGCCGAUCAUCGGCAUUCCGAGUGCAGACGACCCUAGGAACAGCAACAAUCCCUACCUCCAGAUGCAGCAACACCUUCAAGAGCAACAGCAACACCAAAGACAGCAACAAGUCAACGUGCUCAGCGAGCAUUACAACCCCUUCGCAGUACUACCUGAGGAGACGUAUUGCAGUGCACUGGACGUCAACAGUCAAGCAGGUGAUCUCAGGUUCCCAUGGCAACGGGAUGCAGCUGUUCAGUGCGAUCUGUCUCCUGAUGGCGAAGGAUACAGGUUUACUCGUAGGGACAGCUUCUUUAUGAUGGCCAAGGACGCUGCGGAGUUGCAGGAAAAAAAAGCUUUUGCAUCUCCUCCGGGAUUAAAAGUUCCAACUGCUGCUAUUGUACCACCCCUAUCAUCCAAGGAAGAUACUUCAGGGCAGUACAUGACAGAGAGAUUCAAGGAGGCGUACUGGCACAACCUGUCCAUCUGUAACGAAGAAGACGAGACUGUCAUCCAUCCACCCAUUGAGGUGAAAGUGGAACCGGCUCGCGAGAAGAAGAAGAAAAAGACGUCCAUGCUGCAAAGGGCGCUUUCUGAGCGGACGCGUUCGCGUCGUCUCACGUACCAGACUUCGACGGAAGAGUCCAGGACUGGACUAGGAACCGAAAAGUAUCCUUACCUCGAGACAGAGCAGCAGAGCAAGCGGCCCUCUGAGACACCAAAGGUGCCCACGAUGACUUUUAGUAGUGCACCAAAUUCGAGGACCGAAACGCCACCUAGUGACGCUUCUCCGCAAACACCUCCUGCUGCGCCAAACUCGUCACCAUCUCGGCGCAACAGCGAGCGCCGAAAACGGGGCUUUGUACGAAAAAAUACUCAAUCGGCACCUGAUUCUUUCGAUAACGAUGACGAUUGUUCGUAUGGAGCAAGUGAAGGAAAUCCCGAAGAACAGAGGCCGCAAGCAGCCGCAGUUCAAAUUGGAUACUUCAAUUUCGAUAGCAUGCAGAGGUUGUUGGAUCUAUCCAUCACAGCUAAACCAGAAAAGCCAAACUUCCUACUCACACCUGGAGGUCUAACUGUUGGCAAGGAUAAAACGGGUGCUUAUAUGACCCUGCCGUCUCCCAAUGUGCAAACUGCGGAUGAACAAGACGGCGCCCAAAACGUCUUCAAAAAACUCUCCUCUCAAGAAGAAGAGGAGAGCGAGGUCGAAGAUGCUGCCCAUGCACCACCCGCCUCCGUGCUGCACAGAAGACGAGCUCUGGUACCUCCAAAGAUGCUGACCGACGAUUAUGAAAGUACAACGGAUGACGGAGACCUGCUUUCUCCAGACGGUACAUCUCCAACAUCUGCAGAAGAUGGUUCCAAAAAAGGACGACGUAGUUCCAUAGUCGUAAUCCCUCCCAUGCAGAUCUGCCCGGGAGAUUUGCUAGUGUACAGCAAAGUACUGAGUCAAAGAAAUACAUUGUUGGACUCAUCACGAAAAGGCAAGAACACGUGGUCAAUCUUGCGAUUGUUCGAUCGUUCCGGUAGAGGAAAAAAUGAAUCUAUAUGUGGACUAGAAGAAGUUCUCAGUAACCUUCGACCAUCGGAGUUCAUAGACGAACACCUCGCUAAAUACAAGGGCAUGCUCUGGUCAGAGUUCGUCUCUCUCUGGGAAGGUCGCACUCGCAAAGAUUCCAAAGCACUGCUACGAAAAAAUUCCAAGCGACUGCAUCCUGAAAGAAAAGCCACCCUGACUCGCACCAUUUCCCGCAUCAUGAGUCCAACGGAAGAUAGUACGGGGGAAGGUUUGGUCUUCAGUUUUGUUAAAGCCCAAAGAGAAAGCCCCGGUACUGAAGAUGCGGAAGCCGACCACAGCAACAGCAAUCACGUGGGUCAGCCUGUGACGUCUUCAGAGGGUUUCUCAACUUUAGACGAAAUAGAGCACCAAAUCCAAAACCUGGGUACUCUGACUCGGUCUCGAAAUGAACAGAAGCGAAGAGAAGCUCUCUGGGAUUUAUUCCAAAGCGAAUGCAUGUUCCUUUACGACCACCUUAUGGUACUCAGAAAUGUUUUUAUGGAGCCUCUUAAGAAAAUCCAGGUGGAAGGUUUCGCCAUGUUUGCUGAACCUGAAGUCCUCUUCGGAAAUCUUGACGAACUCUGCUGCGUGACAUAUGCCUUUUGUAAAGAAUUCUUGAGCUUAAUUCUGCAGAAAAUGUCUGGUGAUGAAAUCGACACCACAGAAGUCCUUGUAAAAUUGUUCCAAAAGAGUGCCAAAGCCAAUGCUUUAACUCAAGCUUAUCACAGAUACACUUUAAAUUAUAUUAAUGCACUAAACUACUUAGAAACGUUACGGAGGCAAGUUGAAUUUAAUGAAUUUGAAAAGUGGUGUUCUCGUGAUUCCCGUUGUAAAAAGCUUCAGUUGACAGAUCUUCUUGUGUCACCUGUUCAACAUGUGAUGAGAGUUCCCCUCAUUUUAAAGGAAAUUGAAAUGCGCACAGAAGACACUAGUGAAAAAAAGCAAAUAUCAAGCAUUAUUGAAGCUGAAGAGAAUUCUCUCCGGGAGUUAGAUGAUAAAAUGAAGUGGUUGAAGAAUUUUGAAAGGCUGCUUGAGAUUCAAAGAAGUAUAGUUUGGCCUUCUGUCAAUGAACUUGACCCAAAAGCCUUCAUUCCAGAUUUUUUAAAACAACCUCUUGCUAAGCAACCCUGUGAAAGGUUAAUUGUUAGUCCUCGUCGUCAAAUCGUCUUGGAAGGAGCUCUUCAGCUUUUAGAUAGUGGAAAACCUUCUGAAGCUUUUGUAUUGUUAUUUGAUGACAUGCUGCUUAUAACGAGGCGUAAAAAAGGGCUUCACAAAAAAAAGUCAUCUAUUACUGAAAAUUGGGCUUCAACUUGCAACAAAAAUGCCUCUUCUCAUGAAGCAGGAUACAAGUAUAUAGUUUAUAAGCAACCCCUUUCUUUAGACAGGUUUUUUAUACAUGAUGUUAGCACUCAGGAUGGAACAGCUAACAACUUGAAAAAUGCUUUCGUUUUGGUGUGCUUAAAUAGAUUUCAGCAAAUAGUCACUGUACAUACAUUCCAAGCACCUAGUGAAUCAGUUAAGAAUCUUUGGGUGACAAAAUUAAGGGACACAAUGGACCGAUGGAAACGGACACUUCAAAAUACAGUAUUCCGAAAUCAAAGAACAGCUUCCAAUACUUCGACAACAACGGCGCUUGUGCAAGCUCCUAGCCUGUUGACAACCGUGAAGUAG